UGGUUGGUGUUGUUUCGCUGUCACUUGUAAUUGCCAGUGAUUUUAUCUAAAAACAGAGAUUUUCAUUUAAAUAUGUAACUUAAACACAACAUUCAGCUAAAUAAGUUCAUAUUUUAUUGUGCUACACAAACAAAUUGCAUCAUUUAUUUCAGAUACAAGCGAUAAUUUAAAAUUUGAUAUAGGCAUCGGUGUUAUGGGAAGUGUUAGUCAUGAAACACUGCAGUGUAUUUAUUGUUUUGUGCUUACAUUUGUGUGUUAUUAAAUGUGCAAGAUCGGACAGAAUAGAUUCUAUGUCAUUACUAAAGUCAAACUCAACAUCGGAGCAAAAAGUAUGGAACAUAAAACUUGACAUUUUCUUCUCGAAAACUUUACCAGCCGUCAUCUCCAGAGCACCGAAGAGUGAUGUACGUUUCAAAUGUGAGGCGAUCAUGAACUAUACCAAGGUGGAGAAGUACACUAAAAAUAGGGAAGGUGAGGUAACAUUGCUAAAAGAAGCUCCCCCUGAUCACAUACAGCAGAAACUAUUGGAAAAUGUUAAAGUAUAUUGGUUGAAAGACAGUAAAAUUAUUGAUGAUAACUCAACUCAAAGAAUCAAAAUAGCCACCAAGAUUGAUAAGAGCAAUGGCACAAUAGGUACAAAUUUAAGAAUUAAGGACUUGAUUGUAAGUGACAAAGGCAACUAUACUUGUGUAAUUAAACAAAAUUAUGAGAAGAAACAGACAUCACAAUUAAAGAUUGAACAAGGUAUUGAAAACUAUGAGAUUCCUACAUAUACCUCAUUGUUCCCCAACACUGAUAUCUACAGCCAGCUGGAUAUUAAUGUGCAGUCCACUCCAGGUCUAUCAUCAGAAAAUAUACAAACACUAAAUAAUACCAAUUCCACUGACCCAAAAAAGUUGGAACCAAUAUGCCAAGAAUAUUUAGGAAAUGUGUGUGCAGAACAUUUAAAGGGUCAAUUUGUUUAUAUACCUUACAAUACUAGCCAGGACGCUCUUGAAGAUAAAUUGCUGAAAGCAUUCCAAGUCACUAAAUAUUCAAAUGAUAUAAGUCCUCGCUGUGAGGGCUAUGCCGUACCCAGUCUCUGUUACUCAACAUUUCCUAUCUGUAGAGAUCCUUUUGUUACCAACAGUAAGUUCUUCAGGGAAGCUAAAAAACUGUUUACUCUUCAAUCUGAUCCUGCAAUUAAAAUUAAUGAUAAUGACCUACAUGAAAUUGUGUUUGAAAAUUUGCCAUUUGGCAAACUACCCAGUAUGUACACAGAUUCCAAUAGCUCAUUUGCAUCAAUGUUUGAUUUCCGUUAUAACUCCACAGUCCUCCGAAGGGUCUGUAAACAAGAUUGUGAGAUACUGGAAAAUGAACUUUGUCAGAAAGAGUAUGCUAUAGCUAAGAGGCAUCCACAUAUAGGACAGCAGUUAACACUAGAGGAAUGCCAAGACCUUCCUGAAAAUGAUCCUGACUGUUUGAGAAUUAGUAUUGGAGCUGUAAUGGUAUCUGAUGAUGAAUGUUACUGGGAAAAUGGAAGUGGAUACUUAGGGCGAGUUAAUAUAGCAAAUAAUGGCAUGCCUUGCGUUGAGUGGUCUAAACAACUACAUGUAAGAUUGUCAGAUUAUCCUGAACUCGCUGGUACACACAGUUAUUGUAGAAAUCCUGGAGGUGUUAAAGAGCAGCCCUGGUGCAUCAUUGAGAAGGAUGGUAAAACAGAUAAGCAGCUCUGUGAUAUUCCAAAAUGUGCUCACAAAAUCUGGAUUUACAUUGUCAUAGUUUUUCUUCUUUUGACUCUUACAAUUAUUGGAUUUAUUAUUUGUUUGUGCUACAGACAUAAAAAUAAGAAUAAUGCUUCCACAAUUAGAGAUAUUAAUUUACCCAAUGCUGAUAAAAACAUCUAUGGCAAUUCUAGACUUAAUUCACCAAUAGAAAUGAGUGAACUCCUGACCAACAAUAUAGCCAAUCAACCUCACCUGACCAGGAACACUAGAGGCAAUGGAGUGCUUCGUAUUCCUCAAUACUCUCUAUCACAAAUUAAAUUCUUGGAAGAAUUGGGUGAAGGUGCUUUUGGCAAAGUCUACAAAGGAGCUCUGAAAAAGAAUGGUGAAACACAGUUUGUUGCUGUCAAGGCAUUGAAAGAGAAUGCUUCAGCUAAAACACAGGCAGACUUCAGAAGAGAAAUAGACUUGAUAUCUGAAUUAACUCAUGAUAACAUUGUGUGUAUUGUUGGUGUAGCAUUGAGAGAAGAACCUUUGUGUAUGUUGUUUGAGUUUAUGGCGCGAGGGGAUCUUCACGAGUUUCUGAUGGGGCGUGCGCCACCUUCUGGGAAAGGUUUACCACCUAUGAGACUGCUAAACAUUGCAAAUAACAUUGCAUCUGGGAUGCAAUACCUUGCUUCCCAUCAUUAUGUCCACAGGGAUCUUGCAGCUAGAAACUGUCUUGUCUCUGAUGACUUUAUUGUCAAAAUAUCUGAUUUUGGUCUUUCCAGAGAUAUCUACAGUUCAGAUUAUUAUAGAGUUCAGUCAAAGAGUUUACUACCAGUAAGGUGGAUGCCACCAGAGUCCAUACUCUACGGUAAAUUCACAACAGAAAGCGACAUUUGGUCAUAUGGAGUAGUAUUGUGGGAAAUAUACAGUUAUGGAUUGCAGCCAUAUUACGGAUAUAGCAAUCAAGAAGUCAUAUCGAUGGUGCGCGGAGGCGAGCUACUCGUGGCUCCAGCGAACUGCCCGGCACCAAUGUACACACUCAUGAGGGACUGUUGGAAGCAUACGCCGCAAAGGAGACCUAACUUCGAGGAAAUUGUUAAUAGGAUCCAAGAAUGGAUAAAUAUGGGUGGGUGUCCAGAAAUCGCAGCUUCUGAGGCAGGAAGCAGUGGUUUUGGACACAGGCCUUCGGGUUCCAGCCGAGACUUGCAGGAGAGGGUACCUUUACUACCACCACACUGCUCCUCAUCUAAUGGCUCCCUGGCCACGGGCAGCCUGAAAAAGUUCAGCGCAGCAGGUUCUAGCUCUAAAGUUACAGAUGAUAAUUGUUCCACUUGCAGUGAGGUGCCACCUCUUGCACCCAAGACAAAGAAACACAGCUCGGGAUCGCUCAUCGAUACAGAGAAAGUAGGUACGAAAGAUACAGUGGUUAGGAUAUUACCUAACUCACAAUUUGGUAACGAAAUUUAAGAGAUGGUGAGAUGGUACAAAUCACGGAGUGGUUAUAAAUGGAAUGAUAAGUAUGCAACGAAAAUCUUCCCUCUGUCGCAAUGGCUAUAUGUCCACUAUACAAGUUGACUUGCUUUUGCGUAUUUACACUUCAUUUGUGUCCUACUCCAUGGUAGAAUAGAUAGCCAAUGUUCGACAUGUUUUACUUUAAUGCUUUGUGCAUUUUACACUUAAAUAAGAAGUUAGUUUAAGUUAGGUUUGUAAAAAGAGGUAGUUUUUAUAACACUUUAGUCUUCAUAUUAUGUGAUUGUGUAAGCCACUUUCGUUGAAUUACAGACGUAUAAUAGAUACUCGAUGAUUCAUGACACUUCUGAAGUUAAGUUUAUGUUAAUAUUUUGUUACAUUUUUCGAAUUUUAAGUCACAAUUUUGCCUGCCUUCGUUUUACUGACAAUACUGCCAAGUAUGUUUAGUUUGUAACGGAUAAUUGCUUGAAGUAAUUAAUAUGUUUCCAUAAUUACUGAUUCCCAUUAGUUCCUUUAUUUUACAUAGGUAUAAGGUGUAGUUUUAAUAAUGGUUGUGUACUAUAUGUAAAUGGAGUACCUUAAUGAGUUUUUGAAUACAGAGGUACAAUGAAAAUAAGUACAUAAUAUUUCAAUUGGCUUUACUUAUCUAUGUAUUUACUUAGUUAUAAGUCAAAGUAAAACCGUAAUAGAGUUAGGAGUUUAUUAUUUUGUUGUCAAUUAUUAUUUAUUUUAGAUUAUUUUAUAUUGGUAUGCAUUUUUAGCUACUGAACAAUAUAAUUUGGUAUAUAUUUGAUAGGUACGGGUUGUCAUAAUAUACAUAGCUGACAUCCCUAGCAUAAAUAAUGUUAAUAAUGUUGCGUAAUAAAUUAAUUAGUUACAAUUGUAAUUUCAAAUUUCUGCCUUUUUAUGUUUUAUUAUGUGUAACUUGUAAGAGAAUUCUAUUAAUAAUUUUGUACCUACAACAACUAAAAAUACCCCGCCUAAUCCAAACUGCUAGUUGUUAAUUUUAAAUUAAUUUUAUUUUUUAUUUAUGUUGCAUCAGAUGGGGUUGUACUUACAUUGUAUGUAACAUACAUACGAUGUUAAACCUUUCUUUUUAAAACUUAAAUAGGUAUUCAAGUACAUAAUCUGUCUAGUUAGAACUCUAUUACUUAAUUAAAUAUUUUUAUGAAGACAUAAUAUGUAUAAAGUAAUUUAUGAUUUAUUAUCUGUAUACACUUUUGUUAUUUUCACUCGGUUUGCCAUAGGGAAAGUGAAAAUUACUUAUAUCCAAAUACCUAAACGCCACUCCAUUUUAACGCGCACUUUUAAAUACAGUUUCGUCACUACAAUUUCUUUGUAAAAUGACAGAGAAGACCCGUUAUUUCAAGUUGAGUGGCAUUUUAGUAUCUGGGCGUUACAUUUGAAUUCUCCUGUCCUUUUAGACCAUGUACCUACAUUUGCUUGUAAAAUAGUUAAAACACUUAAGUAUAAUAAAAUAUGUAAGUGGUGUCUGAAGCAGUGUGUGUUCCAAGUAAAUAAGUAUUUCAAAAUUCUAAUGUUGUAUUAGCUUAUAAGACUGACUGAAAAUAUCAACUACACAAUUGUCAAUAUUGUACUUAUUUUAGAAAUUUUAAGCUUCACGAACUGGACAUUUUUACUCGAAACGAUUACAUGACGAAAUUCGGCGUUAAUACUGGCAACUAUACAAUACGAUCUCAUUGUAUGCAGUUUGUUUUUAAAGCAUGUGUUACCAACUCAUCAUAGAUGAUCUUCCAACAAAUAUUGAU